CACCUGAUGGUAUAAAGUAUAAACAUUCCGUCUCGCAUAAGGAGAAGAAGAGCCAAUCAAUGAUGGUGCUUACUUCGCUCUCCUCUUCCCUUCUCUCGUCAUUAUCAUCACUGACCGGUCCGCCUCCUUCAAAUUCCAACGUUUAUUUUUCUUCUUCACUUCCUUCUCCACGACGCCGUCUCAAUCCAGAACCAAACCACCACCACCGCAACCGCCAUCUCUCUCUUCCUCUCCUCUCAAGAACCUCGCCUACACGCUCCAUUCACUGCUCCUCUUCCUUCUCUUCCAUGCCUCUAGAAGUUUCAACAUCCCCUUCCCAGUUACAGGACAGUUUGCUAUAUUCAAGGGCAUUUUGGGUAACUCAAUCUAUAAUCGCGUGGAAUGCGGAUGUUGUUAGAGACGGUUCUUGUUAUUUAUACGCUAGCCAAACCGCUGCAUUAUCCGUUACUGAUGGUGAAGUUGAAGGUCAUGACUUUAAAAUCAAGCUCGAGGAAGACAGCGGCGGCAUUCCACAAAAUGUGAUUGCGAAAUUUCCUCAUGUUAGAGAUUACAAAGCUUUCAAAGUUCCUUCAACUGUGGAUGCCAAAUCUCUUGUCAAAUGCCAGCUAGCCGUCGCAACAUUUGGCUCUGAUGGGAAAUGCAGCUAUGCUACUGGUUUGCAGUUACCUGGUGUUCUAGAUGAAUUGUUUGCAUAUGAUGGUCCCCUUGGUGCGCAUUAUUCAGAAGAUGCUGUGUCCCUCUACCUGUGGGCUCCAACUGCUCAAGCAGUGUGUGCCUGUGUUUACAAGAAUGCGAACAGCAGGGAUCCCGUGGAAGUUGUUCAGUUGAAGGAGGUUAAUGGAGUUUGGAGUGUUGAAGGAUCAAAAGACUGGGAAGGUUGUUAUUAUGUGUAUGAAGUGUCUGUCUACCAUCCUAGCACUUUACACGUUGAAAAAUGCUAUGCAAAUGAUCCAUAUGCUAGAGGGCUCUCACCAGAUAGCCAGAGGACAUUAUUUGUGAAUCUUGAUUCAGAUACUUUAAAACCUGAAGGAUGGGAGAAAUUAGCUGAUGAAAAACCCAUUAUACUUUCUUUUUCAGACAUAAGUAUCUAUGAAUUGCAUGUAAGGGAUUUCAGUGCCAAUGAUCAUACUGUGCAUCCUGACUUUCAGGGUGGUUAUCUGGCCUUCACGCUGGAGGAUUCAGCAGGUGUACUUCAUCUAAAGAAAUUAUCAAAUGCUGGUAUCACUCAUGUCCAUUUGCUGCCUACCUUUCAAUUUGCUGGUGUUGACGAUGUCAAGGAGAACUGGAAGUGCGUGGAUAGCACAGUGCUGGAAAAAUUACUGCCGGAUUCAACUGAGCAACAAGCUCAGAUCACAUUAAUCCAAGAUGAUGAUGGGUAUAACUGGGGGUACAAUCCUGUUCUAUGGGGGGUCCCUAAAGGAAGUUAUGCUAGCAACCCAAGUGGUUCAUGCCGCACAAUUGAGUUCAGAAAGAUGGUUCAGGCCCUUAACCAUAUCGGCCUUCGUGUUGUGUUGGAUGUUGUCUACAAUCAUUUGCAUGGAAAUGGUCCCUUUGAUGAGAAUUCUGUUCUUGACAAGAUUGUUCCAGGUUAUUAUCUGAGAAGAAACACUGAUGGGUUUAUCGAGCAUAGUACAUGUGUGAAUAACACUGCUAGUGAGCAUUAUAUGGUUGAGCGGAUGAUCAUUGAUGAUAUGUUAAACUGGGCUGGUAAUUAUAAGGUUGAUGGGUUCCGCUUUGACCUUAUGGGUCAUAUAAUGAAAAGCACAAUGGUGAAAGCAAAAGAUGCAGUCAACAGGCUGACAAAGGAAAGAGAUGGAAUUGAUGGUUCAAGUGUCUAUAUAUAUGGAGAAGGUUGGGACUUUGGUGAAGUUGCUAACAAUGGGCGUGGGAUAAAUGCUUCACAGUUCAAUGUUGGUGGGACUGGAAUUGGAAGUUUUAAUGAUCGAAUUCGGGAUGCAAUGCUUGGGGGAUCUCCAUUUGGCCAUCCUCUCCAGCAAGGAUUUGUGACUGGGCUAAUGUUGCAGCCUAAUGGUCAUGAUCAUGGUGGAAAAGACGUUGAAGAACUCAUGCUUUCUGCAGCAAAAGAUCACAUCCAGGUUGGGAUGGCUGGAAAUUUGAGGGAUUAUGUACUGACCAAUAGUGAUGGGAAAGAGGUAAAAGGGAUGGAAGUUUUAACUUAUGGUGGGGCACCUGUUGCAUACGCUCUACACCCUGCAGAAACAAUCAAUUAUGUUUCUGCUCAUGACAAUGAAACCCUAUUUGAUGUUGUGAGCAUGAAGACUCCAAUGGAAAUUUCUGUGGAUGAGAGAUGCAGAUUAAAUCAUUUGGCAAGUAGUGUAAUAGCAUUGUCACAGGGAAUUCCAUUUUUCCACUCUGGUGAUGAGAUGCUACGCUCAAAAUCGCUUGAUCGUGACUCUUACAACUCUGGUGAUUGGUUCAACAGGCUAGAUUUCACUUACAAUUCCAAUAACUGGGGUGUCGGCCUUCCUCCAAAGCAGAAAAAUGAAAAGCACUGGCCACUAAUAAGACCAAGACUGGCUGAUCCAUCCUUCAAGCCUCAGAAGAAUCAUAUCCUUGCCGCUAUCAAUAAUUUUUUAGAUGUGUUGCAAAUCCGAUAUUCGUCUCCACUUUUUCGUUUGACGACAGCUAAUGCUAUUCAGGAACGGGUACGAUUCCACAACACCGGUCCUUCAUGGGUCCCUGGUGUUAUAGUGAUGAGUUUUGAAGAUGGCCAUAGAGGUGUUCCAGGAUUAACUCAACUGGAUCCCAUCUACUCUUUCAUUGUGGUUAUCUUCAAUGCCAGUCCAUCUGAGGUAUCUUUUGCCAGUCCUGUAUUGCGGGCAAGAACUUUUCAGCUGCAUCCUAUACAGGCUAUGUCAGCUGAUGAAGUUGUGAAGAACUCAUCAUAUGAAACAUCCACAGGGUGCUUCACUGUGCCCCCAAGGACAACAUCAGUUUUUGUGGAGUAUCGGUAAAUUGACACCAUCCACCACCAUACACGGUGGUGAAUAUGCAUCUUUUAUUUCAUAUUUCGUAAGGUGAGCAUAAUAAUCAGCAAUUGAUCCUGCUGAAAUCCCACACCAGAAAUAGACAUGUACGAAUUGAAAACUUGGUGGUAUGAAAUGAAAUAUAAAUUUAACAUUUAA